CUUUUUUUUUUUAAAAAAAAAAAGAAAAAAAAAAAAGCUUCCUCGGGCGACGGCUUCCUCAUCAACAGUACUUGGGAAUUGACUAAAACAAUGUAACCUGCAAAGACGAGAAGGGGAGUACACCUACCUAGGUGUAGUAUUACCUGUGUCCAAUUUUUUCCUCCGAAUUGGGGGUUCAAUUGAAGUACCUAGGUAAGGUCUCGUCAACUCUCUCCAGGGAUUUACGUGACGUUAAGUCGAUACAUCGGUUUCCUUACGGAAUACCUACCUAGGUAGAGAUGUUUUUCCAUAAGUAGCGAAGGCUAGGAUAUCAUUUUCCUCUCCUUCCUCUGCACAACUCUGCUCGAUACCUAUCCUCAACCUAGCAUUUUCACAUCACAUCGACUUUCAACAGCACUUACAAGAUGCCUCCCUCAGCACGAGACGUUCUGGAAGACAUAGUCCGCUGGGAUAAACCCCUCCACGGGGACAGAGAACUCCGAGCGUACUUCGAGGAAAACAAGGACGUUAUCAAGGAACACUUCCAAAGCAAAAUGGACCACGUAGUAGACAUCGCAGUCAUAGACACCCACCAGUGGGUACACUAUGUAAUUAUUCUUUCGAAGAACCAUAUGUACGAGCCCGAGUCGGACCCUAAUAACCAAUCCGCCCUGUCGGAGGUGAGAGGAGCGUUGGUGGGCUUCCAGCCGUUCGACAACUUUAAGCUACCGUAUCUUAUAACUCAGGAUUUCAUGAGUCGGUUCGUCAUAGUCAAGAGAGAUCCUACGGCGGCGUCGGGGUAUAGUCCCGUUUGGUGGCCGAGAAGUAUCGUUUCGCGCGGUGGUGUUUACGGCGAUCCGCAUUAUCGUCCUAGUCGUAGAUUAUUCGAGCGGCCCCGACGACGCGGCUAGAAUAUGAUAGAGGUUUUGUUGCCGAUUGCGACGGGUCAUUUUAGGACAGGCCUAUCGAAUCGUAUCUUGGUCAGUUUAGCGGUUACAUAGGUAGAAUUUGGGCUGUAUAGUGCUGAGUUAACCAUAUAAAGUACUUCUAAAUUAAUUUUACAUUAGAUAUUAUCGAAUUAUUCAGUAAUUGAUUGAUCAUAGAGUACUCAGCUGCGUCCAAGCUAUUCCAUACAUCGUUUCUCAAACACAGGAGAAAAAAAAACUACUCAUCGUCCACAGAAAGACUUUCUCCCGAAUCUUCCUACACCCCUUCGUGCUUCAACUUCGACUUGGCAGCAUGAGCUAAGCCUUACAUUGCAUUAGACCAACGGGACGACCCUCUGAACAUCAGUGCCGAGAGCCGACCAUAGUAUAUCUCUUAGCAGACUGCGGCUCGAUAUGCCAAGCAGCCAAGCAACCAAUUUUACAGUGGCGUCAGCGCCCAUCAACGCAGCUUAUACGCCAAAGCAGGGAAUGAUUGGCCACCAGGAUAGAAAUUUUUCUAACAGGAUCAAUGCUAUAACACUCUUACCUUCCACAAGCAGGAUACAAUCGCGCAUCACUACGACUACGGGGUGCGUGGGGGAGGGAGGGAGUUAGAACGCCUACUACGCCACUGAUUAUGAUAGGAGACAGCAAACGACGAAGAUGAGAUCCAUGGAUGUUGAAGAAGUACAAGGUUUGUUAA